AUGGAAGAAGCAUUGACACCCUUUCUGCAAUAUACAGAAAAGGACCGUCGGUCUGACGCGCCUGCCUUUUCACUCGCUCUUCAAGGUCCGGGAAGACUGUCACGCACAUCUCCUUACCUGUUUCAUGUGACCCUACAGCGGGUGGAUGAGGUUAGCGAUCACUGUGUCUUUGCAUGGUACCCGCAGACCCAUGGCUUUGCUACCUCAAACGGGUUCAUUCUUCUUCAAUGUACCGCGCAGGGCGAGCUGCACCAAGUCAAACUCCCGGAGUAUACUAUACUCCCCCAACUAGAAUAUGGGCACUUCUCCCCUUACAAUAUCCAUAAGCCCGGCAAUGUUCAGCAAUAUUACGAUGUUAUCCCCGGCCGUCUUAUCCCAUACCUACAGACAGGCGAGCGAUAUGUACUCCUCUGGCCCGGUCAACAAUAUGGCUCAUGGAAUUGGACCGAUAAAGUAGAAAACUCUAAAGUCGUCUUGCCAGGCGGGCCCUUCCUAUCUUUCAGAGUCGAGGACAAUGAGAACAUGCCGAUCAUGCCGACGUUGAUCUCCGGGUGA